AUGAUUAACAAGCAAUUCACCAUCAGAUACUCAUCGUUGAAGCCCCAAUUUGAUAACCUUGUAAUCAAAUGCAAAAGCAUUAGGCAAUUCAAACAAGUACAUGCUCAAAUAAUCGUUCAUGAAGGCUUUCUUCCUCAUGAAACCUCACUUCCAGAAUUGUGUAGGCUGGCGUCUUUUUGUGCGAUUUCACCUCAUGGAAACUUACUUUAUGCUAAAACCAUAUUCGAUCAGCAACCAAACCCCACUGUGCAACUCUAUAACGCGCUCGUUAGAGGGUUUUCGGCAUCCACUACCCAGCCUCAAGAAGCCUUCUUCUUGUUCCGUCAAAUGCUACGUAAUGGUGUAGGACCCAAUAAUAUGACUUUCCCGUUUGUAAUUAAGGCAUGUACGUUGUCUUCAAGUAUUGGGUUUGGGAUUUUGGUUCAUACCCAUAUUUUGAAAUGUGGCUUUGAGUCUGACUUUUAUGUACAAAGUUCGUUGAUUAAGUUUUAUGCGGAUGCUAAACGUUUGCCUUCUGCAAAGAAGUUGUUCGAUGCGCAUCCAGAGAGAGAUAUUGUUUGUUGGAAUUCUAUGGUCGAUGCAUAUGUAAAAUCCGGCCAGAUGGACCUUGCAAGGCAAGUGUUUGAUCAAAUGCCACACAGGGAUGUGAUUUCUUGGAACAGUAUGAUCAAUGGCUAUGGAAUUGUUGGGAAUCUUGGUGAAGCAAAGAGGCUGUUCGAUCAAAUGCCUGAGAGAAACAUAGUCUCUUGGAAUUCAAUGUUAGCUGGGUAUGUGAAAUGUGGCAACGUAGAAGAUGCACUUAGAAUUUUCCACCACAUGCCUUACAGAGAUGUGGUUUCAUGGAACGCCAUGUUGGCUUGCUAUGCACAGAAUGGAAAGCCAAAUGAGACACUUGCAUUAUUUGAUGCAAUGAAAUUAGCAGGAAUAAGGGUGGAUGAAACUACAGUUGUUAGUGUAUUAUCUGCCAUUGGUCAAUUGGGUGUUUUAGAUAAAGGUUUACACUUGCAUUUCUACAUAAGCGAACAAGGCAUCAAUAUUAACCUAAUUGUUGGUACUGCAUUGAUAGAUAUGUAUAUCAAAUGUGGUAACAUUACAGAAGCUUCAAAGAUAUUUAACUCAAUGCAAACUAAAGACAUUCUAGCUUGGAAUACCAUGUUAAUUGGCAUGGGGAUGCAUGGUUAUUCCAAGGAUGCUCAAAAUCUAUUCAAACAGAUGCAGAAAGAAAGCAUGGCACCAAAUGACAUGACUUUUGUUGGUAUGCUUAUUGCUUUCUGUCAUGCUGGAAUGAUAAAGGAGGGUCAAGAACUAUUGUCUUCCAUGGAAGGUGCUUAUGGUGUUGAACCAAAAGUUGAGCAUUAUGGAUGUGUUAUCGACUCACUAUCUCGAGGUGGAAGAUUGGAGGAGGCUUUGGAUCUCAUAAGGAAAAUGCCUGUAGAGCCCAAUGCUUACAUAUGGGGUGCAUUGCUUGGUGGUUGCAAGAUUCAUGGGAAUGCACAGGUGGCAGAGGAAGUGGGAAAGCACCUCCUAGAUUUAGAACCACAACAUGGUGGAAGAUACAUACUUCUUUCAAACAUAUAUGCUGAAGCAAAAAACUGGGAUGAUGCAAGAAUGAUGAGGGAUCUUAUGGAAGCCAAGGGUGCAGCCAAAGUGACAGGAUUAAGCGUGAUAGAGUCGGAGGAUGGUAGAGAUUGUAAGGAAUAUAUAAUAUAUCAUAAAUAGUUUAGCUUUCAUGGAAAAAAUGGACUUGGCCAUAUGGGAUUUGGGUUACUAACAAACUGAGUCAACUCAUACCCAGGAGCAAGACUCAAGUUAUGUUGAGAUGGAUUAUUGAUCCAAUCUGUGAACCAUUGAGUUUGAAUCCCCCUUUGCAUCCCAUCCAUAUAACCACUCACCUUAUCCACCACCAUAGCUUGUUUAUCUAGUGCAUGCAUCACAACUCCUCUUUUCUUCAUUUCAUUAGUAGCAUUUGAACUUUUACCAACACCAGUGGCCUGUGGUGGUGGUGGUGGUGGAGCUUUACCGGGAAUGGUUACUUUGAGAGAGUCAAUCCUCCUGCAAAUGUCUUUGAGGGUUUGGUCAACUAACGCACCCAGGUCAUUCAAAUCUGGCAUGGUCAAGUUUUCUAUUGAACCUUUUCCAGUCAAACAUUGAUACAUGACCUCAGUCAUCUCUUUCUCUCGAUUCUCCUUCAUCUGCUUCUUGAGCUGCUGAUUGGAUUUGGUGAUCUGUUUCCUGAUGAAGCUCUCCUGAGUCAUCAUGUUCUUGCUUCUCUCCAUCUCUGGUAUCCUCUUAAACUGAGCAAGAACAUGUUGGAUACUGAUAUUGUUGGGCCAUAUCUCGGGUUGAGAUUCAUAUGGGCUAUAUAUGAUGGCACAUGCAUCGAUGCCACAUAAGUGAAUAAAAUUAAAGAACAAUGGAUUCAGGGAAGAAGAAGAUUUGAUAUUAUGGAAUGAUUGCCAAAGUUACAAAAAUAACCAACUCCAGGGAAUCUCUCUCUCUCUCUCUCUCUCUC